AUGGCUUCAGCAUUGACGAUGUUAGAAGCCCAUAACAAAGGCGUGCAUGUAUUUCGUUUCGUCAAAUCAAAUCAAACUGUAUCCCUUACAGAGAAACAACUUCAACGAAUUCCGUAUUUGGCUACUUUGGUAUUCAAUGCCAAUAACUUCUCUACUAAACGAAACGAACAAGGCGAAUUCAUUCUGAAUUAUCCAUUUCGAUAUACGUACUUUAUGAUCGUGCUUGCCACAGUAAUUAAUGUAAGGUCAUCCUUUCUCUUUUCCAGACUACCGCGCAGUGGUAAUCUACUAUUCCUUUUGGAACUAUACAAGUUUCUAUCUGUUUAUCCAUUACCUGUUCCUAUUUUGAAAAACGCAAUUGAUCCUACUGAAAAAGGAUUCCAUCGACACUAUUAUGAAGCCAGUCCUGGCGAUGCGCGUGAUACUGCCGCGGAAGUUUUAGUGGCCAUUUGUGGUGGAGAAUACGACAUGGAUGAUUGGAAAACUGUGAAAAUUAUAUUCAAUCUCGUCAUAGAUAUUCUUAGUUCUCCUUCUGUAUUUGGCCCACGUUUCCGCUAUCAAACAUUGUUCAUAGCAGAGAACUAUUGUUCUAGUAUUUUUAAUUCUGAUCAACGCAGUGCACUCAACAUGUAUAGACAAAGUUUAGAACAAGUCGACGCCUCACAAAUCGAUCCAGACAUCAUUGGUGAAACUCUUACGGCGCCCAAGACACAUAUGUUUCAUUGGCGAAGAAAACACCACAUAGACGAAGACGAAGAUUUAUGCCGUACUAUUAUACCAAAUAUCAGCGUGAAAAAAGACGAGAAUCUAUGCCCUUUUAUUCCACUAGUUAAUUCACUUGAAUAUUUUCAUUGGCAUUGGGUUAACUUAGAUUUAUGUCGGGACUUCUCACAUCUUUCAUGGGAUAUAUGUUUUGACUCAAUGAGCCUGCUUUCUCUAACAGAAAAUUGGCCUUCAAGAAUAAAUAAAUGGGCUAAAAAUCAUCUGACAGAAUACUCACCAGAACGUUUAGCGAUUGUGCGCAAGUUUGAAUUUCGUGAUCGUACUUAUUGGAAAAAAGUCGAUUUUGAAAAUGUUAUGUAUUUACUUAAGCGUUGGGGUGCAAUAGAAAAUGACAAAAGCAAACGAAAAAUCAAAUUUGAAAAAUCUGCCAAUUUUUAUUUCUUACGGAACCGACCAACAAUCGAGAAAUGCAAGAGCCAGUGCAGUAGAAAAAUGAAAAAAUAUCGGCAAUAA